CGGUAACUUUGCCUUGUUAAGUCGCGUGCACGGGUCAAGAGCACAAAAGACCCUUGAUUCUUACCUGACUCGAGACUCUACCCCCUAGACAAAUUCCCAUAAAAAAAGAGACUUUGUCUUUUUUUUAAGCUCUAUCACUAUGUCGUCGUCAACUAGCUUAAGCCGCACGCGCUCGCUCCAAAAACCUACUUCCGGGAGCAAUGGAUCAACAAGGGGAAAUGCACCCGCGGCGCGUAAUGAUGCUAGGACCACGUCGCCCAGCAGAUUGCCGGUGAAACCCACGAUGACGACUCGUUCGAUGGCGUCAAAUGCUUCUGCUGCACCAUCUACCACCACGGCGCGAAGAACCGCAAGUUCUAUGAUUACGGGAAGACCUACUUCGGGCAUCUAUAGCAAAGGCACAUCCGCACGCGCAGAUAAUGCCGGAAAUACUACAGCGAAAGCUUCACGGCCUUUAGGCAGAGCAGCAUCUACGCGUCAAGCUUCGUCUACGUCCACCACCGCCGGAUCAAUUCCUCCUCCAACCCGCUCCGCAAGCACCACUGUCAGCCGCCCAAGGUCAUCCGGUGGCCCACCUCCAGCAGCUUCGAACCGACCUAUCGGACACUCGCGAUCGAAAUCCACAGUAACAAGCCUCACCGCCGCCACCACCCUCCGCCCUGCUACCCAAUCCCGUAUAUCCCAGACGUCAUCUACAUCAUCGGGCCGCACGAGCCCCGCCGCAAGCACAAUUACAACAGCGAGUUCGAAAGCCCCGACGCGACAGACGCGCUCCCAGACCCAUAGCCGCACGAAAUCCCAAUCCAACCCCUCGUCAACCUCCGCCUCCGCCGCUCCUUCGCAACAACCCACAGCCCGCCCCGCGUUCAACACCCACCAGCAGCAUUACAGCCCGGCCAAGUCCCUCGCCCCGAAGCCCCUCACAUCGACCUUCCUCGCACCCCCCUCGCCCUCCAAGCUCCCCGCCAACGUCGCCAUCUCCGCCGAGACCAGCCGCCUGCAGACGGAGCUCCUCCAGCUCUCGCUCCUGCACCGGGACGCCGCGGCCGUCGACGCGGAGUGGCGCAGCAGCGCGCGGGAGAAGCUCGGGGCGCGGUUCGCGCGGCUGGUCGCCGACCACGACGCCCUCGUCAGGCUCGAGAGGCACGGCGUCGAGGCCCGGAAUAUCACGGCGCUAGUCCGCUGGGGCAAGAGCAAGAGUAAAAGCAGGAGCGGUCGGUCGGGCCUCGGGCUCGAAGAGAAACUCCAGAUCCUCGACGAGGUGCUCAACGGCGUCUGGCAGCUCGGCGAGCCGGGCGGCCGGUAUCACCGCGUGGUCGCCAGCUUCGAGGCCUGGGCCGAGCGCAUGGCCUCCAUCGUCGCGGCCCAGCGCUCGGGCGACGUCGACGGGCUGAUCGCCGGCGGCGAGGUGCAGUUCCUCGGCGACCUGGACCGGAGCUGGGCGCGCGACUGCCAGAGCUUACUGCGCAAGCUCGAGGGGUGGCGAGCUGCUCUGCGGGAUCUCGACCUCGACCCUAACAACGAUGAUGAUGAUGGCGGCAAUAACGGAGUAAGAGACGACGGCUCCGGGCUCGCGCGUAUGGUCCGCGGCAGCCGCGCGCUCGUCGACGAUAUGCUGGCCGAGCUGGCGCUCAUGGGCCAGAUCGAGCGGGACGCGGCGAGGACGGAGAACGACUGGAUCUCCCGCAUGAACAAGGCGAUCGAGGACGAGGACGACGAUACCCCCGCCGCGCGGGCGUACGUGCCGCUUUGGAAGAUGGCGGUGUGAAGGAAGGGUAUUGCGCUAUGCUUUACCUUUUCCUUUGCCUUUGUUGUACUGUGCUGUACUUGGCGCCCGGGGGGGUUGGGGGGGUUGAUUGUUAAGUUCCAGUUAUUACUAUAGAUUGUAACGAACACCUGUAACAAUAGGAAGGUUAUACGAGAAUUACGAGGAAUGAUAGGUAAUAAUCAGGUUAAAAAUAAAUGGUACCUAAGGUUAGGCGUAAAUGUGAAAAGAGGCAUGGCAUGUAACAGGUUUUUGCUUCCUUCGAUUGAUGUUAUUGCUUGGCUUUCCCACCCUAUAUAAUAUUAGGUCUAGGUAGGUAGUAAACUAAACGCUGGACGAUUGUCGUUCUGUGCAGACUUGCAGAGUGACGAGAUAUCCCAUUAUACCUCCUACCUCAUAUCAGGCAACAUGCAUCUGGACGUCCUAAGCUACCUACCUCUAUAUGUAUGUACCUAGGUUGAUGGUCAUUUCAUAUGUGAUUGAAAGAC